AUGGAAUGGUCAACGACAAGAAACUUAGAAAACGUGAGAGUUGCUUAUAUGCCGCCGCCGUGGCCGGAGUCAAGCUCCUUUAACUCGCUUCAUUGCUCCAGCUCUGAUCCUUAUGCAGGAAAUUCAUACACACCCGCAGAUACGCAAAUCGGGCAGGUUAUCUGUGUACCGGAAUCAGAAAAGAUAAUCAAUGCGUUCAGAUUUCCGAGCAACAACAACGAGAUGAUAAAAAAGAAGAGACUAACGAGUGUACAAUUAGAUUCACUUGAACGAUGUUUUCAAGAAGAGAUCAAAUUAGAUUCAGACAGGAAGAUGAAGCUGUCGAGAGAACUUGGUUUGCAGCCACGUCAGAUAGCAGUUUGGUUCCAGAACCGCCGUGCACGAUGGAAGGCUAAGCAGCUCGAGCAGCUGUAUGAUUCACUCAGGCAAGAGUACGACGUUGUUUCUAGAGAGAAGCAGAUCCUGCACGAGGAGGUGAGGAAGCUAAGAGCUCUACUAAGAGAACAUGGAUUGAUCAAGAAACAAAUCUCCAGUGGGGAAAACAUGACGGAGAUUCCAUCGGUGGUGAUAGCUCAUCCAAGAACGGAAAAUAUAAACAAAAAUCAAAUCGCUGGAGAAAAUCAAAUUUCUGGUAUUGAUCAAUACAACAACCCGAUGGUCAUCGCUUCCUCUUGCUGGCUGCCUUACCCGUGAUAGGCUGAUAGCUGUUGCUUAUCCUAGAGAGAGUGUGAGUCUCAGACAGAGCUUUAGACAAGGCAGGGGCAUUAAAGUUGCGUUAGACUAAGACAAGCUUAAUUUUGUUUUAUCAUUGUGUGAUCUUAAAACAUUAUAGAACGUUCUUGUGUUGUGUCCCAAGCC